AUGGUGAUGAUGAUGGUGGUGGUGGUGGUGGUGGUGAUGGUGAUGAUGAUGAUGAUGAUGAUGAUGAUGCUGAUGCUGAUGCUGAUGCUGAUGCUGAUGCUGAUGCUGAUGGUGAUGGAGAUGAUGAUGAUGAUGACUACGAUGAUGAUGACGAUGACGAUGACGAUGACGAUGGAGAUCAUGAUCAUGAUCAUGAUCAUGAUGUGGAAACUUGGUGUUCAAAUGCAAGUAGCAGCAGGAGGAUCAGCGAGCGAGGAGGCAUCUGCUGUGGCCAUGCUCGAGCAUGCGCUCGUGCUAUCGCCCAGCCUGCAUGCCUCCUUUGACAACAUGAUGCGAAUCGGCGACGUGCACAGAGGGUUAGGGAACAGCAUGCGGGCUCGGCGCUUCUACCUCCUCGCGGUCUCUCUGAACCCGAGGAUAUCGACCGUCUUCGUCUACGCUGGCUUGACGUACGAGCAGCAGGAAUACUUUGACUCGGCUGCGAGAUGCUUCCUGCUAGCUAGCCGCCUGCAGGAGGAGAUGCAUCAAGACAUGUGCAAGCAGCUGCCGCGAGCUCUCGCCCUCGCCUCCUCCUCCUGCAGUCCAAAAGCAAGGUCUUCGGCGUACUCGUCCUACCUGACCUCUGCUCUCAUGCGAGCGGGUCGCGGCGAGCAUGCGAUGAUCGAGCACGGGCGUUUGCUGGGACAGCAGGGAGGGAGGAGGAUGGAUGUGUCUACUCGCCUCUACGUCCUUGCUGACCCGCGGCGAGGAGACGCGAUCCCAUGGCCUGCCAGCCCCCGCGAGGAGGAGGAGGUGGCGAGAUGCCCUGCCAGUCAGGCUGAGGGACGUGAGGAUGGGAGGGAAGGGAAGGAAGAGAUGAAGGAGGCGGAAGAGCGUGUCCAGCAGGAGCUCGACAUGCUUCAACGGCCCACCGACUGCAGGACGGCAAGGAAACUUCUCUACCUCCCGUCUCAGGCUUUCGGCUUUGGAGCUCAUGCUCACAUGCUAAGCCUCGCAAUGACCCUCGCGUUCUACACCAACAGGGUUCUAGUCCCAGUGAUGGAAGAUGGCUUCUGGCUGGUGGAUCGAAGAGACUGCGGGCGGGGUGGCUUCUCCUGCUUCUUCGAGGAGAUCUCAAGCUGCUCGGUAGACGACAAGGAGGCUAAAGCUGCUCCCUCCCUCCUCGCUCUCGGGGACGUCGCCCUCCAUCGCUCAGGGGGGCCUCGACACCUCCUGUUUGAUUGGGACUCGCAAACAGCAGCGAUCAAGGCGGGUCUUCUUCGCAACUACCUCCCCGAGGGCCUGCAGGGGCUGGGGGUGGCGUGGUGGCGGGGCCAGCUCCUCCGCUUCCUCCUCCGUCCCCGAGCAUGGCUCAAAGCCGAGCUGCUCGACGCGAAGAGGAGGAUGAAAUGGGAGCCGCCCGUCGUUGGCCUGCACAUUCGGCAUGGCGACAAGUUGAAGGAGGCGAAUCGCAUCCCCCCUGAGAGCUACGUACGGGUGCUGCUCGAGGAGAUUGCGAGAGGGCAAAAUGUGAGGUCCGUCUUCGUGUCGACAGACAGUUUGAAUGUCAUCGAGACGGUGAAGAGAUUGCUUCCUCCCAACAUCACGCAGCAGCAGCAGCAGAAGCAGCAGGAAGAGCAGCAGCAGCAGCAGCAGCAGCAGCAGCAGAACAAGCAGCAGCAGAACAAGCAGCAGCAGGGGCAGGGGCAAGAGCAGGAGCAGGAGCAGGAGCAGGAGCAGGAGGAGCAUGAAGAGCAGCAGCAGGAGUUGGAGGAGGAGGAGGAUGAUGAGGAGGAGCAGCAGCAGCAGCAGCAGUAG